CAAUAUGCCAUAUCCAUCACCCUACAUCGUCGAGCCUGAGACAGGCUAUCCGCAUACCCAUACGGUCAUCCUCCUCCAUGGUCGGAGCAGCACCGCGCAAGAGUUCGCAACCGAUAUUUUCUCCCUCAAAACAUCCACACCAGAUCAAAAGUGGAGGUCAACCUUCCCGGGUAUCCGUUGGGUAUUUCCAGAUGCCGGACAGCGAUGGUGCACACCGUUCAAAGAGGAGCGUUCCGCGUGGUUCGACACGUACUCGCUGGAUGACCUGAGUAUGCGGCAGGACCUCCAGGUAUCGGGAUUGAGAGAUGGGAUCCACUUGGUCAAAGAUAUUAUCGAGGCAGAGGUAGAACGAUUGGCCGGACAAGCGGAUAGGAUAAUUCUUGGGGGCUUCUCGCAAGGUUCGGCGAUUGCUCUCUGGUCCUUAUUCACCGGUGCUGCCAUGACGAAGGGGCCUUUGGGGGCUUUCGUGGGAUUGAGUGCGUGGAUGCCUUUUACCAAGAAAGCGAAAGAAGUCUUCCACGCCGGUGAAUCCGGCGAAGCCCAAGCUUGUCAAAUACACGGGCUGAUGGAUACAUUCUGUGAAAUACUGGGUAUUGGGCCACUCGCUUCGGCUGAAGCCGCCCAAGACAAGUUGCGGCGCAUGCCUGUUUACCUUGGGCAUGGCACUGAUGUAAUUAAAGUCCUCCCAGCCACUCUAGAUUCGCUGACUGACGUCCUUUUCCUCUCUAGGACGCGCUUAUAAGCGUGACAAACUGCCACGACCUUUCAUCAAUACUCGGUGCACUUGAAACCAAAGUCCAAGUUCAGGAGUACGUCGGUGCUGAGAGGAAUGGCCACUGGAUCAAGGAGCCUGAGCAGGUUGAUGAUAUUUUUGCCUUUCUUGGGGACCUUGUGGGGAGCAAAUGACUCCGUGGGCAUAGAGAUCGUGGUGAGGAUGUGAAGGGCAUACAUGUCCAUGUAGGGCCGCUGCUAAGGUGCGAAUAUCUGAAGAACCUCCGGAAUGCCCGGGCAAGAUAACAAAUCGACCGGAUAUACUGCUGCUCUUCAACCUGGAGUAGAUGUUUGAUCGGUUCCGGUCACGGCUGCUGGAGUCGACGACUGAUUCGUUUCCGUGUCCUUGCCGUUCGAAUCUAUCUUCUGAUUUCCACGCUCGGACUUCUUCGGCUGUCGCUGUGCACCAACCGGGAAUCUCUUGUUGCCGCCGCAGAGCGUACACUCGAUAACUAAAAC